GUCACCGAAGGCAACCUGCCUACUACUACUUUUGGGGGCACUGUGAAGUCUGACUCUCGUGUGCAACUGUUUACUUCUUUUUCUCAGGCUGGCGAGGCACGGGACGCUUAAAAAGUGCCAUGUGAAUUCAUGUCGACCAGCGAUGCAUGCAGAAAGCACUGAUACAAUGUAAACGCAUUCGAGAAUAAAUCCGCUGAGCACUCAGUAAUUUACACUCAUUUAACCGGAUCGUUCAAGUCCUUCAGAAGGAUAUAUGUUGGGUAAAGGGGCAAAGCGGAAACUAGAUGAGGAUGAAGAGGGGCUGGAAGGCAAAGCGUUGGCGGCAGGGCCUGGAACGAUGGCCGACGGGCUCUCAAAGGUCUCCUACACACUGCAGAGGCAGACCAUCUUCAACAUGUCUCUGAUGAAGCUGUACAACCACCGGGCGCUCACCGAGCCCAGCUUGGAAAAGCGCGUGCUCAUCAACAACAUGCUGAGGCGCAUCCAAGAUGAGCUGAAACAGGAGGGCAACCUGCGGCCACUCUUCUUUCCUCCUUCUCCUCCACCCGACGACCCUGUGGACGAGGGUUUCCGUGAGGCACAGCCUGCCUUCAGCGUGUUGUCCAUGGUGGCACCGCCACUGUCACAGUCCCCAGCACUUUCCGCUUCAGUCCUUACAUCGCCUUCGUCAGGGCUGUCAAACCCAGCACCUCUGGAGGCCUGUCUUACCCCAGCUUCGCUUUUAGAGGAGGACAGUGUCACGCUUUGCACAUCGCCCUCAUCGCCCUCUCCGCUUGUUCCUCCUCCUCCUCCUCCUCCUCCUCCUCCUCCUCCACCACCAACCCUGCCCAGACUCCCUUCACCUGUGACCAGAGACAGUUUUUCUUCUGCCCUGGAUGAGAUUGAGGAGCUCUGUCCUUCGUCCUUACCUACAGCUACAUCUGUGCUCGGUGCUACCUCCCUCUCGUCCCUUACAGUGACCCUCCAAAUGCCGCUGUGUCCCCCCAGCUUAAACUCAGGGGCCUUGGACUCCAAAGACUGCAGUAAGCCUUGCAGCCCAAAGCUUGGAGGGCUGGUCCCGCUGCCCGAGGAAAGCUCAGCGGCACCCAACGCACCAGAGACUCUUCCUCCUAACAGCCUGGACAUGAGCACCUCACCUUCUGCCUCGUCCUCAGGCUUUCUGACAGACCUUGCCCUGGACGACAUUCUCUUUGCAGACAUUGACACCUCCAUGUACGACUUCGACCCCUGCACUUCAUCUUCAGGUGCGGCUCCAUCGAAACUGGCGCCCAUGGUGACGGCGGACGAGCUCCUCAAGACUCUUUCGCCCUACAGCGGUUCUGCUCCUGCUGUCAGCUCAAACCAACCUUUCAAAAUGGACCUCACUGAACUGGACCAUAUUAUGGAGGUGCUUGUAGGAUCAUGACCGGGUUUGGAAGGGAACUGGGGAAGAAAAUGCAAAACCAAUCAAAGAAGAGUUUUUAAAUAGAAACUGAGAAAGAAACUAAAGAAUCACUUUGUGAGUGUUUGGAGUUUUUUU